AAAUUAAACUUGAAUGCGAGUUAUACUUAAGGUUGGAUUCGGAUCUAUGGAUCUAUUCAUAAAAGUAGGGAUGGUAAGAGAACAAAGACAGGCUAUAUACUGGAAACACUAAAUUGAUCCAAAUUGGUUCUGUAUGAUCCUCGUCCCCUCUCUAGAAGAAAGAGUCCCUUUCCCCUGCUUUUCUAUCCUGACUUGGGUAUAAAUAGAGGAGUCGGAUUUAAAGUAUGUCUACCAACGUUGCUGCCUUGUCCAACUCUACUGGGUUUAGCCGUUCCCGAUACUAUCAAAGAAUCUCAUUCUUGUAAGAGAACCCGGUUUGGAGCGCCAAAUUCACAUGCCUAAUAAAAAGGUCUAGUUUUGUACUUUCGUUGACUUUCCAUUUCUGCUUCGGUGAUAGAGAUUUCAUUACCAUUGUUAUCGUUACUUGUCUGUUAGAGAGAUUAUGUACUGUGAAUUAGAGAGAUAACUGGUAAGAGAUUCAUGUAAUUUAAGAUGAAAUCUAGAUACAUAAUCAUGUCAUCGUUUAUUCUUUUUCUCUUGUUCAAUAUUUUUCUGCCCAGUGUCUCCUCCUCCUCGUCUUCGUGCAAAGCAUGGGUGGUUCAAUCGAUACCCACCAACAUGCUCCACCUGCAACGGGUUCCUGGCGUUCUCUCUACAGGGAAUGUGUUGAAGUGGAUGGCUGGAAACUCUACGAAGAAACUAGAUAUAAUAGCUCAGUACUGGCAGCUGUUGGCUCAUCCAGAUGAUCCUCGCUCAGGGGAUUAUGGUUACUCUGAGAAAGAUAUGGGUUUUGGUGCACAAGAAGGGUCUGAUGUUUACCAGGCCCUGGAGAAUGCCGCUAACCAAAAUGUUAGUAUAAGAUUAUUGCAGCAUUCAGGAGUGUAUCCUGACUACACCACUGAACCAUCAAACCUUGCUUCAGGCAGACCUAAUGUGCAGAAUGUGACCUUAUUACUCAGUGAUUGGUGGGGUUCAGGUAUCAUCCACACCAAAGUUUGGAUAUCAGAUCGCCGUGAUGUGUAUAUUGGAUCUGCUAACAAUGAUUGGAAAUCUCUGACUCAGGUGAAGGAAGUUGGAAUUUAUAUUGUUGACUGUCCAAGAAUGGCUAAAAAGGUCGAGGCUUACUUUGAUAACCUAUGGAAGCUUGGAUCUCUUAAUUCUUCAGCUUACACAAGAAAUAUAUCAGACCAACAGUGGCAGAUUAAUAGAACAGUUCCCUGUUGGUCUCAUUUUCUCAGUUCUAAAGAUAGAUGCAAGUCACCUCUUCCUAGAUCUGUGGAUGUUCCGCAUGUAGAUGGCUACCCAAUACUGUCAGAUCCUUACAUGUUUAAAAUGAAAAUUGACACUCCUGGACGCAAUUAUUCAACUUUACAGCCUCAACGUAGUUAUCUCUCAUUUGCUCCACCAGAGCUUUCAUUUGGCAGAUAUCAGGCUGAUGAACAAGCUUGGGUGGAUACAAUUAGAUCUGUAGGAAAUGGGGCAACCCUUAGAAUUAGUACUAUGGACUGGCUUGGUCAAUCACAAUAUGUGAAGCAAACAGUUUAUUGGUCAUCCCUUUCCUCUACAAUAUCACAGGUUGUCUUCUCCAAGCAUGCAAAAGUGAAGAUUUUGGUAGCAUACUGGGCACAUUUUAUAAACAACACAGAUCAAUAUCUGAAACACCUUCUUUACUCCAAUGUCCUUUGCUCUUCUUCAAAGUACAACAAAUGUUCCGGGAAAGUCGAGAUCAAGUACUAUAAGGUACCUGGUUACAACUUGACAGGACCUUCUAUUCAAAAGGGAACCCAUACAGGAAAUAUAUAUCCAGGGUUUUCCCGAGUGAAUCAUGGAAAAUAUGCUGUUAGCGAUGUGCGAGCUCAUAUUAGUACCAGCAAUCUUGUCUGGGAUUACUUCUAUACAACGGCUGGUGUCAGCUUUGGAACAUAUAAUCCUGUCAUUGUCGCACAACUUCAAGAAGUUUUCGAUGCUGACUGGAACUCGCCAUAUGCUGUUCCAGUUGAAGAAUUGGGUGAAGGUCUUGCCUAUGCUAGCUGAUGAAAUGCUUGAUGUUGGAGCUAGCCAGUUCAGUGAAAGCAAUCUAUUAUAAUAGUAAAUGCCGUGAAAGAGCUGAUUGCUUUUGCUUGUGUUGAUGAUUCUUAAGCUAACGUUGUCAUAUUAAAUGUAAUAAAAAUUAUUGGGGAUUAUUAUCAAAAUUGAUGGCUUUUAAUAA